CGGUCUGCUGUCCACUUGUCGCCUUUCUCUUCUGCGUCCUCUGGUCCCUGCUCUUCUACUUCAAGGAGACUACGGCCACACACUGUGGGGCUGGGAACUCCUUGAAGGUGGGUACUGCAUCUGAAUCAGAAAGUGUUUGUUGAGGGACUUCCCUGGUGGUCUAGUGGUUAAGACUCUGUGCUUUCACUGCAGGGGAUACGGGUUUGGUCCCUGGUCGGGGAACUAAGACCCCAUAUGCCACGUGGCACGGCUGGAGAAAAAAAGUGUUUGUUGAAUAAAUGGAUAGGACACCCCAGCCCCACCAACACACACACACAUAUCAGCUCAGCACCCUGGAUAAAGGAAGGCAUGAUAUAAUCCAGUCAUAGUCCGUACAGAGAAUUAUAGUAUUUGUAUGGCAUAUGGAGUUAGAUGGAGUAGGCUGUUUGCUCUGGUCCUCAUGGCUGGCUCCAAGCGAUAAUGGGAUCAAUAACCUCAGUAUACUUAAAACCCAUUCUCAACAUACUCGUUAGGGAGCUGAGGCAUAGGUAGCUGCUGGAGGGGUACCUGGCCUCUCUGGGGCAAGACGAGGCCUAGUGACCCCAGGGGUAUUUUGUUCCUACUCCCUGGGACUCCUAUGCUGGAUCCACCUGGGAAUUUUCAUGUAUGCUCUGAAUUUCUCACCCAAAGUAUCCCAGGAAUGGCCAACCAAGGAUAAAAGGAGUAGCCUUAGUCUAUAAUUAUCAAUAGAUGACUUUGCCUCUACUUGCACAUCCCCGGUGAUAGGGAGCUUCUUUCCUCCCCAGGCAGUUGACUCCAAGGGGACUUAGUAACUAACAAUUAGCAAGCUCUAUCUUAUAGUGAGCGUACACUCUCUUUCUGCUGAAAUCUCAGUUCUGGCUCUGGCUCUGGCUCUGCUUUGGGACCCUUGGAGCUACUUUUUCCACCUGGCUUCCAGCCAGCCCUGCAGAGAUGGGAAGGCAGUAAUGGUAGGGGAGGAGGGUCCCCUGAGUUUACUCUCCUUAGGUAGCAUAGCUCCAGUUCCUUCAGGCAAUCCUUACAAGAUAUGUGCCCCCGGACUUGGCCCAGUUGAUCAUUCUUCUCUCCUGGCCCUGAUAUGGACAUAGGACUUCAUAUGGCCUGGGCAGUACAGCCAAAAUCAGGACUGUUCUAUUCCUGUUACGGGCUGUUAGACCUCUGUGAAUGAGCCUGAGCUGCCACUAACUGUUUCUGCACAGGUACUGGUGGGACACUGAUACCUCACAUUCAGGCCUGUCUAGAUCUCUUUUGGACCGUGAAUCUAUUUAAGAUUAGCUAGCUCUCUGAUGGGGCCCAACAAACACAUUCAGUCCUGCUCCAACAGAAAGGGGCUAAAUCCUAUUCUGCUUUCUCCCUUUCCCUUCCCCAAAACCUGCUUACAUCCCUGGACCCAACCCUUAGAAAUGUCCCCACCCCCAUCUCUGGCAAAAGGAUCUGCUCUGGGUCGACCUUGGCCACUAUCAUUCUUACCUGUGCAGAAUGUUCUGGGAUUUAUUACUUGGCCUUGUUGGUCAUGGGAAGCUUGUGUGCCCUGGCAGGCGUGGAGAUCUGGGCUCUGUGGGCGGGAGGCAGGCCCUAGGGAACUGGGGGUGGGACCCUCCAGUCUUAGAGCAGUCUCAGUCUGGCUGGAGCCCUCAACCCAAGCCCCGGAUCCUUCAGCACCCAGUGUGAGUGUCGCUUAGUGCGCCUACCCCAGCCCUGACCCCCUGAUGCUGAGCUGGACUGGUGGACUAGAGUUCCCUUAAUGGAGGGAGGUCUGAGGCCCAAGGGGAGAUUUGGGCUUUGGCCUCUUAAUACAAAGCCAUCUCUAUCUGCCCUCCAGAAAGAAGCCUAGCUUGAAGGGUCGUGGUGGUCGGGGCAGUGGGGGUGGGGGAGGGAGUUCUCUGCUCAGAGGGAGAAGGGAGCAGAAAAAGCCCAGCCACCUCCGUCUGGGUCUGUCCUUCCUGGGUCUGGCCUGGCACAGCACGCUCAGCCUGAGCAGAGAAGGUUCCCGUGACCCUCAGGUUCCUGAAAGCCUUGGAUUGGGUGACAUGGUCUUCUCAGAGAGGAAGGAGAUAGAGGUCUGGGCCUCCGGAGGGACCCUGGUAUCUUGGGGUCAGGGUACUGCUGGCCUGAGGCUUGGAUCAUUCUGAGCCUGGGGGUGGGAUGGCUGGAAGCCUGUGGUCCCAUUGAAACAGGUUAUGGGGCCCUCCCACUGUUCCUGGUUGAACGUGGGUGAAGAGCGGGAAUGUGGUCAGACGGGGUCAGUGGGAGGGCUCGGGCCACUCUGAGUCAAGUGUCCUUUAUCUAGAUUACUUGGCCUGGAGAAAACCUUGAUCUGGAGUCUUAAGCUAUCAAGUGGCAAGAGGCCUUAGUCCUAAUGUUUGAUCCUACCGUAGUUCUGGGCCUUGGUCUUCCCUUCUGUGGAAUGGAAAUAAUAACCCUUCCACCUCCGACCCUUCUCCUGAGUGGGUAUGAGGGUCCUGGGAAUGAGGUGGGCCAUCGGAGCUCCCAUGUCCAGGCCACUGGGAGCCUCUGUUCUCCAGCCGCUUCAAGAGGUGAACCUAUAGGACCCGUGUGCCAAGGGGAUUCCUAGUGAGCUGACCCUGCCUCUCUCUGCUCUUCUUGUCCCAUCUAACUCUGUACCUCCUCUUCUGCACUGCUUUCCUUUCUCCCUUAUGCCCUUCCUGCUCUUUCUACUCUGGCUUUUCUCUAUACCCUGAGGAGCCUGCUCUGGAGAAGGCCCCACUGUCCUAGGCCCAGUUAUCCCCACCAGGCUCCACGUUGUGUCCCUCGCCCUGCCUGGGCAGCACUCCCUACAGGAUGUUCUCUGCGGCCUCCCAACCCUUGGACCCCGAUGGGACCGUGUUCCGACUCCGCUUCACAGCCAUGAUCUGGUGGGUCGUCACUUUCCCCGUGUUCGGCUUCUUCUUCUGCAUCAUCUGGUCCCUGGUGUUCCACUUUGAGUACACGGUGGCCACUGACUGUGGGGUGCCCAAUUACCUGCCGUCGGUGAGCUCGGCCAUCGGCGGAGAGGUGCCCCAGCGCUAUGUGUGGCGCUUCUGCAUCGGCCUGCACUCGGCGCCCCGCUUCUUGGUGGCCUUCGCCUACUGGAACCACUACCUCAGCUGCGCCUCCCCGUGUCCCGGCUACCGCCAGCUUUGCCGCCUCAACUUCAGCCUCAACGUCGUGGAGAACCUCGCGCUGCUGGUGCUCACCUACGUCUCCUCUUCCGAAGACUUCACCAUCCAUGAAAAUGCUUUCAUCGUGUUCAUCGCCUCAUCCCUCAGUCACAUGCUCCUCACCUGCAUUCUCUGGCGGCUGACCAAGAAGCACACAGUAAGUCAAGAGGAUCGCAAGUCCUACAGCUGGAAACAGCGGCUCUUCAUCGUCAACUUCGUCUCCUUCUUCACGGCGCUGGCUGUCUACUUCCGGCACAACAUGUAUUGUGAGGCUGGAGUAUACACCAUUUUUGCCAUCCUGGAGUACACCGUUGUCCUAACCAACAUGGCGUUCCACAUGACGGCCUGGUGGGACUUCGGGAACAAGGAACUGCUCAUUACCUCCCAGCCUGAGGAAAAGCGGUUCUAAACCCUUCUCUGCUGCUGAGGAGGAGGCCCACUGCCCAGGAGCUAGGAACAAGAUACCACUCUGGCCUUCCCUCACCCCGUGUCCUCUCUGAGCCCUACUGGGGGAAGCUGGGGGAAAGGGGAAGAAGGGAGGAGGGGCACAGGACAAGACUCUACCCAGCCCUGCUGGGUUCUCCUUUCCCCCACCCACGUGAAGGCACAGGGGCCUUCAAGCAGCACCACCCGUACCUGAGAAGCCCCAAGAAGCUGAGCUGGCAGGAGAGCUCCACCAUUUGGUGCUAAAAAAAGUCCUGAGGUUCAUAACCACCAUCCGCUUCUUGGCCUUUACAUAGCCACCCCUCGCUGAGGUCAGGGACCACUGAGCAGUGGCUGUUACCAGAAAACCACAGCCAUUUCUCCCCACGGGGCCAUUCACUAGACUCGUGUCUAAUGAUCUGCUCUGCACAUUCAGGCCUAUGACCACAGUCCCCUGCUAAGGUUGCCCAGGUGUCCCAAUCCUGACUUCACUUCUGAUUUGUUGUGUGCCCUUCCCUACCUGAGCCUCUGUGUCCAUGGGGAUGAUGGGGGUGGGGGGAAUGGGAAGGCUGUAUCAUUUCCAAGGACUCUGCCAGUCUGUGCUGCUCUCUGUGGAGGUGGUGUUCUGUACCCAAAGGAUGACCUGCUCCAGAAAAAGCACUGGCUCAGUCUGUAUUUCCCUUCCCUUCUGAAAUCACUGGCUUACAGAUGCUUCCUCCUUGGCAAAAGUGCCAGGUAGAGGGGUCAGAGGCACAGAUUCCUACCCCAACAUGGGCUCUCUGGUGUCCCCCUGUCCUCCCUACUGCCUCAGGUCCUGUGCUCCUUUGGUUGUAUAUUAUAUUUCAAAGGAAAAUAAAUUUUUUUUGU